CACACACAUGCACAUCCCACUGCCGCGGCUCGUAGCUGCUACUGCAGCCGGUGCAGAGCAGGAGACUCGCAGCAUUCUCUCCAUCACACGCAGGCGGAAUGGCUUGAGAUCAGACAUCGUGGACUCGUCUCGUUCGGCUCACGCACUAUGAUUUUGUGACUGUCUGAGUAUGCGUGCGUGUAUGUGCGUGCGCGCGCGCGCGCGCGUUAGCCCGCCUUGCCGCGAAUUGCUGCAGUGCUGUUUUCCAGGUGUGCGAGUGUGUGUGAGAGUGUGUAAGCGUGUGUGCAUGUAAGAGUGUGUGCAUGGUGUUGUAGCCUGGUGUAAUUCUCUUACGAAUUGUACUAAGCCGGGGAACGGAGUCUGAUGUCACAUGUGCUUCAUCGGAGGAGACGGGGCAUCUGCAAGCUGGAUUUUGUGGAGGAUGCUGCGGCAAGUGAUACACAGAGGGCUCAAGGCUUCGUUCUACUGGCUGGGCUUAUUCGUUAGCAGACAUCCCGUUUUCUUCCUCACCGUCCCUGCGGUGCUCACCAUCAUUUUCGGAUCUACAGUGCUGAGCCGAUUCAAGCCGGAGACGGACCUGGAGGUACUGGUCGCCCCGACUCACAGCCUCGCCAAGAUCGAGCGGAGUCUCGCUAACAGCUUGUUUCAAAUCGACCAGUCAAAGCACAAGCUGUACUCGGAUUUGCACACCCCGGGCAGAUAUGGCAGGCUGAUCCUGCUCGCCAAGUCCGGGGGGAACAUCCUGGAGCUGGCCGAUCAGGUCCUGCAGGUCCACAAGCAGGUGUUGGAUCUGCGCGUCAAUUACAAGGGAUUCAAUUUCACGUUCGCGCACCUCUGCGUCUUGAGCCACAGGGACAAGCGCUGCCUACUGGAUGAUAUCAUCACCAUCUUCGAAGACAUCAGGCAGGCUGUGCUUUCCAACAGCACUUUCCACAAGGUGCCCAUUAGUUAUCCGAACACAACAUUAAAGGAUGGCCGUGUGGCCUUCAUCGGGCACCAGCUGGGCGGUGUGUCCUUCUCACCCAACAGCCGUGACCAGCAGGUCAAGUUUGCUCGUGCUGUCCAAAUCACAUACUACCUCCGAAAUCAUGGACCCGUGGUGCAGGAUGCUAUUGCAGAGCGCUGGGAGAAUGAGUUCUGUGCCCUGGCCAGUCGACUGUCCACAGCCGAGGUCCCCCAUGCAGCAGACCAGCUCCACAUCCAGUCACUCACAUCCUUCAGUCUGUGGCGGGACUUCCACCAGACGGGCCUGCUGGCCAAGGGUGAGGUGUUGGUCAGUCUGGUGCUGGUGCUCCUGGCCGCCACCAUCUCCAGCUCUAUGCGGGACUGCCUAAGGGGGAAACCUUUCCUGGGACUCCUGGGUGUGCUGACCAUCUGCAUUGCCAAUGUGACGGCUGCAGGGAUCUUCUUCAUAUCAGAUGGGAAGUUCAACUCUACACUACUGGGGAUACCAUUCUUUGCAAUGGGUCAUGGAACCAAAGGGGUGUUUGAGCUCUUGGCGGGCUGGAGGAGAACCAGGGAAAACCUCCCCUUCAAGGAGCGAGUUGCAGAUGCGUUUGCCGACGUGAUGGUGUGCUACACUAUGACCAGUUCACUCUACAUCAUAACGUUUGGCAUGGGAGCUAGCCCGUUUACUAACAUCGAGUCAGUGAAAAUCUUCUGCCAGAGCAUGUGUGUGGCCAUCCUGGUCAACUACUUCUAUGUUUUCUCUUUCUAUGGCUCCUGCCUGGUGUUUGCUGGACAGCUUGAGCAGAACCGCUACCACAGUGUUUUCUGCUGUAAAAUCCCCUCAGUGGAGUACCUGGACCGCCAGCCCACAUGGUUUAAAACCAUGAUGAGUGAUGGCCAUGACCUGUCCACACACCAUGACAGUGUACCAUACCAGAAUCACUUCAUCCAACACUUUCUGCGAGAGCACUACACAGAAUGGAUUACCAACACCUAUGUCAAACCAUUUGUGGUCAUUCUCUAUCUUAUUUAUGCUUCUUUCUCAUUCAUGGGAUGUUUACAAAUCAGUGAUGGAUCAAAUAUUGUGAACCUGUUGGCGAGUAACUCUCCAAGUGUUUCGUACGCUCUAACUCAGCAGAAGUACUUUAGUAACUACAGUCCAGUGAUUGGAUUUUAUAUUUAUGAACCCAUUGAGUACUGGAACUCCACAGUGCAGGAGCACUUGAAGACUUUGAGUCACGGUUUCAACAAGAUCUCCUGGAUGGACAACUUUUUCCACUACUUGCGGGUAGUGAAUGUGAGUGCAUCAACUAAGAAUGACUUCAUCACCAUCCUUAAAGGUUCCUUCUUGCGUAGCCCAGAGUACCAGCACUUCACAGAGGAUAUCAUAUUUUCCAAGAACAGCGAGACUGACGAAUAUGACAUCAUUGCUUCAAGGAUGUACUUGGUAGCACGAACCACUGAGAAGAAACGUGAGGAGGUGGUGGAGCUUUUGGAAAAGCUUCGGCCCUUGAUGCUGAUCAACAGCAUCAAAUUCAUUGCCUUCAAUCCAACGUUUGUGUUCAUGGACCGGUAUAGCUCCUCUGUCAUCUCCCCCAUUCUGACCUCAGGCUUCAGCGUACUCACCAUCCUCAUCCUCACUUUCUUCCUGGUCAUCAACCCAUUGGGAAACUUUUGGCUCAUCCUCACAGUUACAUCCGUGGAGCUGGGUGUCUUGGGUUUGAUGACUCUCUGGAAUGUCGGCAUGGACAGCAUCUCAAUCCUGUGCCUUAUUUAUACCCUCAACUUCGCCAUGGAUCACUGUGCACCACACCUGUACACUUUUGUGCUGGCCACCGAGCACACUAGGACGCAGUGCAUCAAGUUGGCACUGGAGGAGCACGGGGCUGCCAUCCUGCAGAACACAUCUUGCUUUGUGAUUGGGAUCAUGCCCCUGGUGUUUGUGCCUUCCAAUCUGACCUACACACUGUUCAAGUGCUCCCUCCUCACCGCGGGCUGCACUGUGCUGCACUGCUUUGUCAUUUUGCCUGUCUUCCUGACCUUCUUCCCGCCGUCCAAAAAGAGGCACAAGAAAAAGAAACGGGCCAAGCGGAAAGAGCGGGAGAGGGAGAGGGAGCGGGAAAGAGAAAGGGAAAGGGAAAGGGAGGAGAUAGAGUGCAUUGAAGUCAGGGAGAAUCCGGAUCACGUGACAAACGUCUGAACAGUUUGUAAGGAUAGCAGUCAAUAGUAGUGCUGGAUGCUGAGGUACCUCUUGAGGUGCAGGGGAAUAUGACAUUACCCCUGAGGAGUGAGAGGUCAUCACUCCUAGCCAAUAGCAGCUAAGCUGGCCAGAAUCGAGUACAGCCCUACUGGUCAGUUGUGUAGUCCUUCAGUCUGGACAGUGUAUCUCAUUUGCACAAACUGCAACACGGUCAUGGUUCUAAGGCUCUUUUCCAACUCUUUGGUAUAUAGAAACAAGUUAGCUAGCAGAACACAUGCUUGCUCAAUCUGUAAGUAAAUCUUGAACACACAGUAUGUUAUUCCAUUUAAAUAUUAGUAAUUAUGUGUUUGUCUCCUGCAGCCCUCUUCUCAAAAUGAGUGAGGAUCAUAGCAGUCUAUUAAGCCAAGGACAUUCAAACAAGUUGGCAAAAGCAGCAAGAGCGAUGAAGAGUGUACAAAUUAAAACUGUGCAAACAAUGACUGUGCACACACAUUACUCCUCACACCUUGAUAAAGGUGAAAAGAAACAAAGCCAAAUUGCGUGGAAAGAGAGAAACAGUGGGCUGAAAGCACACUGCAUGCUUUUCUGUAUCAUUAUAAAUAACCGAACAGCUGAACUGGGCAGAUGGCAUACACUGUGUCCAUUAUGAAGAAUUAUCUUGCACAUUGCAGUGUGUGAUUAGAACUGUCAAGGUUUAUAUAAGCGGGAAGCAAAUAUUUCUGCUUUAAUUCAGAGGUUGUAUCAGGUCUUAGGCAACAGCAGAAGGAACUGCAGUGGGCUGCAGCAUAUGAAGAGGAAGUGAUAAGUGACAGUCAUGCAGGAGUCUUUGAGAAGGCAGUAAGCCUGAUUCUUAGAGUAUGACUUAACUAAAUCCUAAACUGCUUUUGAACCCAAGCAGCAAAACCAAAAGUAAAGAGUGUUUCCGUGGCUUGAAACGUCGAACUUCCUACCAGAAAAUGUUCCCAAAAAAAAGUGUGUGACUGUCCCCAAAAGCUUACUGUUACUGAAAUUGGAAGGUCUGAAUAUGAGUCAGUACAGCAGUGGUGCCAAACAGUGUACAGAACAAAAGUCUUGGCAAGAUUGAACAUUUACAUGAAGUCACAAGUUAUUUGAGCUUAUUUAAAGGAUUGCUGGUUGAUGUUGCUCAGGUUGUGAUGUGAAUUAUAGCACAGGCUGUAAAGUAUAGUAUCAGUGUGAAAAGAAGACAAAGGAAUCUAGCUUUUGUUGCACAAGUAGGAAAACAGAAAUCAGGAAAGCAAGAGUUAUUCAGAGGUCAAGUUAAAGAAAUCGUUAAUGAGUUAUUCCAUCAAGGUUACAGAAAAUAGUGGGCAACAGUUAGCAUGGGAAGUGACAACAACACUGUAAAAGUGAGGGUGAAGACCAUUACUGCCACCUGCAGGGUUAAAGCUGGUCUUGUCAAUAUAGUAUCAGUGCAUUUGGAUCUAAUCCUUCAAAAUAAAAUUCCAUCAAAAACUUGAGUUGUCCUCUGCAAAUACCCUUUUCAAAAUUCACUUUUUGAAGUGCAAAAAUGGCUCCCGUCUCCCCCAGAAGGUAAACAGAAUUAUCUACGUGUGCCAAGGCCCGAUAAGGAUCUCUGUUGCAGCCCCAAAACAAACACACCCAAGGUCAGCUGCCCUCAAAGAUACCAAUCACACUCUGACCUCUAGCAGGCAGGUCUUAGCUGGUGGCAUGUGAUAGAGAGACCCCAUAUGUGAGCAGAUGUGGCUGAUUAAAGGCCAAUACCUUCUUAGGGGACGAGCUGCUUCUUACAGGGCUGUCAUUGAGGGGACACUGCUGUUUCAUCCCUUUGUGCUGCCAUCAAGAAAGUGACUCACACAGGGAAAAUAAUCGGGCAGCUUGGGGGUGGGGAGGUAAGAAUGUUCAUUUGGACCAAAUGUCAGUGUGAAAUAUGUGCAUAUGUUCGCAAAAUGAGUGCAUACAUCUGUGUGAUGAAUGGCUCGUUCUCAAAAACACUAUUAAAAUGACUUAAUGUGUAAAUCAGUGAACGAAUGAUAGACAAUUGUGGAAAGGAGACUUCAGCCUGUAUUAAUUUACCAUGAAUGGAUUAUUUAAAGUUUCUGCUAUUUGAAAAUUGGUGUAGUUUCACUUUCAUCAACCAGGCCCUACUAAGAAAUGAUGAGUUUUAUACAAGCUACUUGCUGCAGCAGCUGCAGUCUUAUGUAAAAGCCAUGGUGUGUAUGUAUAGCAAGAAGGCAUGAAACGUUGACAGAAAUGCAAAUGAAAUGGGAAAGAAAUGCAAAUCCUAAACAAUUUACUUCCCAGACUGGACUGUGUUUGCAUGGCACUGUAUUGUAUGUAUGCAUGUAUUUAAUUUCUCUCUAUGAAGACUAUGUAUUUUUUUCUUUUUUCUAUUAUUUUGCUACACUGUAGUGACUUACGUUUGUUGUUUGGAUGCAUACUCUGUAACACCAUGUGCUGCAAAAGAACAAAAUGUGUCAUACUUGUUUCAAAACAAAAG